UUCAGUUACCGCUAACUUGUAUAUUAAACUCCACAUUCUUAACCUUCUCUCUUCUUCUCUUUUCCUUUCUUUCUUUCUUUCUAUUACCGUUUGAUUAAUUCAAGUUAACUGCUUUAAGCAAUGGUGUUUUGGGGGCUGUGUGUUGGCUUUCUUACUUUGGCCAUUGUUGCAACUGCUGAGAAUCCUUACAGGUUCUUUGAAUGGAAUGUUACGUAUGGUGACAUUUACCCACUUGGGGUUCGCCAGCAGGGUAUUUUGAUUAAUGGACAGUUUCCAGGGCCUAAUAUUUACUCAGUUACUAAUGACAAUCUCAUCAUCAACGUUCAUAACAGUUUAUCUGAGCCUUUUCUCCUUUCUUGGAAUGGCAUCCAACAAAGGAGGAAUUCAUUUGAAGAUGGAGUGUAUGGAACCACAUGUCCAAUUCCUCCUGGCAAGAACUUUACUUACAUUUUACAAGUGAAAGAUCAGAUUGGCAGCUUUUAUUACUUCCCAUCUCUUGCUUUCCACAAGGCAGCUGGUGGUUUUGGUGGCAUUCGGAUCCUCAGCAGGCCUCAAAUUCCUGUUCCAUUCCCUCCCCCGGCUGAUGAUUUCACUGUUCUUAUUGGAGAUUGGUACAAAACUAAUCACACUAAACUCAGGGCCAUUCUAGACCGUGGCCAUAAGCUUCCUUCCCCUGAUGGCAUUCUUAUUAAUGGUCGCGGAGCCAAUGGCAUAACUUUCACGGUUGAUCAAGGAAAAACUUACAGGUUUAGAAUAUCAAAUGUUGGUUUGGAAAAUUCACUCAACUUCCGCAUUCAAGGCCACAAGAUGAAGUUGGUGGAAGUUGAGGGAACUCACACCGUCCAAACAACUUAUUCAUCACUUGAUGUUCAUGUGGGUCAGUCCUACUCCGUGCUAGUUACCAUGGACCAGCCUGCACAGGAUUUCUUCAUUGUGGUCUCAUCCCGUUUCACCACCAAGGUCCUGACCGCCACCGCCAUUCUCCACUACAGAAACUCCAAAAGCAAGCCAUCAGGCCCACUUCCUGGCGGCCCCACCAACCAAAUUGAUUGGUCUCUCAAGCAGGCCCGCUCCAUCAGGACUAAUCUUACAGCCAGUGGACCAAGACCAAAUCCACAGGGUUCAUACCACUACGGUCUUAUUAACAUUACAAAAACUAUCAGGCUACAGAGCUCAGCUGGUCAAGUAAAUGGAAAGCAAAGAUAUGCAGUUAAUAGUGUAUCUUUUAAACCAGCCGACACUCCCCUAAAGCUUGCAGACUACUACAAGAUUGAUGGUGUUUUUCGUGUUGGAAGCAUCCCCGAACAGCCUACCGGUGGCAAUAUCUACCUUGACACAUCAGUCAUGGGAGCUGACUAUAGAACCUUUAUUGAGAUUGUGUUUGAGAACAAAGAAAACAUUGUCCAGAGCUGGCACCUUGACGGAUACGCCUUCUGGGUUGUGGGAAUGGAUGGAGGAAAGUGGACACCGGCUAGUAGAACUCAGUACAAUCUGAGAGAUGCUGUUUCGCGUAGCACCACUCAGGUAUAUCCCAAAUCAUGGACAGCUAUUUACAUAGCACUUGACAAUGUGGGAAUGUGGAACCUGAGGACUGAGUAUUGGGCGCGGCAAUAUCUUGGACAACAAUUCUACUUGAGAGUUUACACAACUUCACAAUCAGUAAGGGAUGAAUAUCCCAUUCCAAAGAAUGCACUUCUCUGUGGCAGGGCCAAAGGCAGACACACAAGGCCUGUAUAAAACAAGCUGCUGCUUUAGUUAUAGUUGACUUUUAACUAUCAUCACACGUUUGAGUCAAAUGACCCCAUCUCGAGGUCCUAUUCUUUUGCAACAAAAUUUGUAUUCUGGUUUGUCAUGAUAAGAGUGAAGUAAUUUAUUUGUUUUGUUCAUAAACAAUUCCUUCGGUUUCGCUUGGUUAUACUUUUUUUUCUCUGAAAUAAAUGCAAUGCAAAUAGUUUUUC